CUCACACUAGCUCGAUCCUCGAGCACAUGACGUCACGUGAACUUGGGCGCUCUUUGCCCUCUCUGCCAAACCUUCACUUAUUACACUACUGAAGUCUCGAUCUGAACACACACACGACUGCAAGACCGCAAAAGGCACGGUUUUUGGAGUUUAAGAGCAUUUUCAUUUUUAUUUUUCGAGGGAAAAAAAGGCCACGCUGGAAUUAUGCAGUCAGGAAAACAUGAGUAGAGAGCAGGAUUAUAGUAAGUUAAUCUUCACAAAGAGUAAAGAAAGUCACACAAGUUUGGAAAUACGUGAGAACAAGGGUCAUAAUGAUUGCUGAGUGAUAUGAAUGGACUCAUUAUGGAUCUUGGCAAUGAAGUGGACCUCUCCAAUAACAAUAUCACUCCUCUCUGGAAAAGACGGAAUGAAAAUGACAUGAAGCCCAAGCCCAGACCGCUCAGUUACCAAAUAGAUGGAGUUCUCAUGACAGACUUUCCUGUGGAUGAUAGGUGUACUUUCACUCUCACUCAGCCGGCUGAGAAGAUUAGCACCACUGCAUCAAACACUGCAGUGCUGAAACACACUCUCAACAAACCCAUGAGGAAGACUAGGGUUGUUCGGAGCAUCAGUAUUGGAUAUUUAUCAAAUGGACGGUUUUCGCUGUCAAAGUUCUCGAAAUCGGACGAUGAAAAGGAUGAGGAGGCUGCUUCUUCCCCUAAAACAACAUUGCCCACCAAGAAUGGGAAUGGCCUCAGUGUUUGGCAUGACAUAACAGAGCCUUUCAAACGUCUCUCCAGUCAGUUCACUCUCACCUCUCAAAGAGAUCAGAUUGUUUUUAGGAAUGCAUCUCCACCGCCAGACACUGUUUCACCAAAACCUAUUGUAUCACCUCAGAACUUCACACGUUCACCUCCACUCCAGUCGCAGGAUGCCCAUGGGUCUCCCAUCAACCUUCGCAGCUCCCCAUCCCACAGUUCCACCUCCAGCAUCCCCUCCAUCUCCUCCAACCUUAGCCUCCCCUCAGACCCCCCCACACCUCGCACCCCAUCCCCUGCUGAGAGGCCAGUGGGCAUCUUGUUGCAAAGGCAGAGUUCAGAGUCACCUCAGGUUUUAGAGGGAAAGCAGCCCUCUUCCCCAAUCAUACUGAGCACCCAUAGUCCCGCAGCGCAGAAGAUCGGCACCCAGCAGAUCAUACCCAGAGGUCUGGUCUCCGACACACGCCUCAGCAAGCCCUCUCAAAAGUUUUUGGACACCGGUAAAAGUGCCUUCCGACCACGAAGCAUGUUUGAGACUGGGUCUUCUUUCUCCACCAGUAAGGAUGAGCUGGAUGGAGAUGAGAACGCAGGACUGCUGACAAGAGGCCAGCGCUCCAAAUCGUAUCGCCGAGCAAUGGUCAGUGGCGUAGAUAUAGAUGUGCCAUCUUUAGACCCAAAGGCCAAACGAUUGUCCCAGCCUGUGCUGAAAGGAGUCGCUGAGGAGAGUCUGUCUUGUGUGAGUCCAUCCAAGAGCAAAAAUGUGGAGAGGAAGAAAGGCCUCCCGACUCAGCGGACAUUUGACAGUGAGGAAGAAGAAGUUCUGUACCAGAAUUACCAAGAGAAAGCCCUUCACAACGAUUCUGAUGAGGACGCUGAACACAAAGAACCUCAGCCAGAUGAAAGCAUUGUGGUCCAGUACAAACCCAUCCGUACUUCUUGGAGUCAACUCAGUGUGGUUAAAAAAAGUGGAAAGUUUGAGAAGUUAAGUCAAGAAGAACGAAAGAGACAAGAGGCCAUAUUUGAGGUCAUUUCAUCAGAGCACAGUUACUUACACAGUCUAGAGAUCCUUGUCCGUCUCUUCAAGAACUCAAACGAGCUCAGCGAGAUCAUUAACAAAACAGACCAUCACCACCUCUUCUCCAACAUUGUUGACGUCUGUGAGGCCAGCAAAAAGUUCUUUAAGGAACUUGAGGAUCGGCACCAGCAGAACAUUGUAAUUGAUGACAUAAGUGACAUCAUUUUAAGGCAUGCCCAGUCAAACUUUGACCCCUAUGUGACAUACUGCUCGAAUGAAGUGUACCAGCAGAGAACCCUGCAAAGGCUGCUAAAUAAAAGCCCCUCCUUUAAGGAGGUACUGACAAGGAUCGAGGUCCACCCAGACUGCCGGAACCUUCCAAUGAUCUCCUUCCUCAUCCUUCCCAUGCAGAGAGUCACACGGCUGCCCCUGUUGAUGGAUACCAUAUGCCAGAAGACGCCCAAAGAUUCAGCCUCUUAUGAGGCAUGUAAAAAAGCUCUUCAUGUUGUCAGCAAGCUUGUGAGGAAAUGUAAUGAGGGUGCUCGUACAAUGGAGAGAACAGAAAUGAUGUACACCAUCAAUUCCCAGUUGGAGUUUAAAAUCAAGCCGUUCCCAUUGGUGUCGUCCUCACGCUGGAUGGUGAAGCGUGGUGAGCUAACAGCUUUUGUAGAGGAAAAUGGCAUCUUUUCCAAAAGAACGUCUCGCCAGCAGGUCUAUUUCUUCCUUUUCAAUGAUGUCCUCAUUGUCACGCGAAAGAAAAGUGAGGAGAGUUAUACAGUUAUAGACUACGCACUGAGACAUCAGAUAGAUGUGGGGUCAUGUCAGGCAGAAGACCUGAAUCUCUCUCCAGUCCGUGGCACUGCGGGAAUGCUGACGUCACGGCAGAACGUUGCCAGCCACCUGUUCCAGAUCAAAUUCCACAGCAACCACUCUGGAGACAAAGUCACCAUGAUCUUGGGGGUGGAGCUACUUAACGAGAGAGCCCGCUGGAUCAGCGCUCUGGGACAGAACAACAGUAAGGACAAGAAUGACAGAAUGAAUACCAUGCAGGUUGAGGUGACAAGGACGUACACAGCCAGGCAGCCGGAUGAGCUCUCUCUACAGGUGGCUGAUGUGGUCUUGGUGUCACACUCCCAGACCGUAGACGGUUGGUAUGAAGGCGAGCGUCUGCGGGAUGGAGAGUGGGGCUGGUUCCUGGCCGAGUGCGCCGAACUCAUCACCUGUCAGGCAACCAUCGAGAAAAACAUGCAGAGGAUGGACCGUCUGCAAGGCCUAGAGACCAAUGUCUGAGGCCAUUACUGAAGC